AUGGACAUCCCUCAACCAAAACCAGCAUCGGUCGACAAAUCUUCAGAUAUUGAAUCUGCGCCCAAUUAUAAUGGAAACGCCGAGGACGAGAGAGAUCUUCCAGAUACCAAUCAAGUCGGCAAGAAAGCCACGACCAAAUAUGAGCGCAAGAAGCUAGAAAAGAUGAGGAAGAACUACCAUCUCAGUCGGUCUCGACAGCCAGACUAUCAAGAACCUGAGUCAAAUCCUACGCUCUUUCGCACGAUCGAACAAUAUUAUAAACGCAGGCUCUGGGAACCAGAUUAUAACCUUGGAUUCGGCCACCAUUCGAUCCCCCCGUCGACCCAUCUCUCCACCGUUCUUUCGCCUGUCGAAAUUGAAUGGAGUACGCCCAACCAUGCCCAAUCCAUCCAGGCUCAGAUCCGCACCUUACCCGCGACCAGUAGCCAAUCCAUCAAACCCUGUGAAUUCUGUCAUCCUCGCACUUCGCAACGCAUCUGCACGUUCCCCAAACAAUACCCCGGCUUGAUUUAUUUACCCUCUUACCUCUGCCCACAUCAACAAGCUGACCUGGUCGACGAUUGUCUCACAAACGGGCUGCGAAAACCUAACGUUACCAACAUCGAUACGCAUUGGCAAACGCCCUAUGAGCCUGGGAUCUAUGAAUUAUAUCGCACUUGGUCGGAUCAUAACCAAAAGCAACCUGAAGAUACAGAUUCAGAGACAGCCGCCCAAUUCAUCCUCAACCCCCGAAUCACUCCCUCGAGCUCCAACCCUGAACCCGCCGAAAAGCCCUCUUCGUCGCAAGAAACCGCUAACAAAAGUCGGAGACAGAAGGUCGAUUUCGAACCGAUCAAUUCGGAGAACUUCCUAGUUGCUCGGAACGAUCGACCGAAGGAAGAUCCCACCAGUUCGAAGACAGUUGAGCCGAUACAUAUCCGGGACGUCUGGAUGAACGGCAAGCUGAGAUGGUGCACAAUCGGCUGGCAGUAUCAUUGGCCAACAAAGACGUAUCAUUUUGAAAGGGAGCCGACUCCGAUCAGCAAUCUGGUCCAAUCAACUUGCAAAAAUUUGGUCAAUCAUGUGAUUCCUUGGGACAUGAUCGAAGGUGAAUUCGAGCAAGAAGGCGACACUUAUACCCAAAAAGAUAGUUCGACUGACGAUUGGAAAACGGAUUAUAAACCAGAAGCUGGUGUUAUAAAUUUCUAUCAGUACCGAGAUGCGCUGACGGCGCACAUCGACCACUCGGAAGUCUCGACGGAUGCGCCACUAGUCUCGCUAUCCGUCGGCCAAGCAUGCAUGUUUCUGAUCUCUCCGAGCCGAGAGGAAGAGCCGUUGGCGAUCAAGCUUGAGAGCGGCGACGGCCUGAUCAUGUCGGGGCCCAGUCGUAGAUACUUCCAUGGCGUGCCCAGAAUCAUCGAGCAUAGCUUGCCCGCUUGGCUUCAACAAUCCCCUGAGCUCCUCCCUCCUUGGGCCCAGUGGUUCCAGAAAGGCGGAAGAAUCAAUCUUAACGUCCGGCAAGUCUUCUGA